GUUGGUGUUGAACCAGCGUUUGUGACUGAGCAACUGGGUAUAAAUGAAGCUGAUUGCAAGUACUGAUCAGAAAACUACGUCAGGGGUGUUAAAGUGUGUUUAGUUGAAUUUUCAGUCACCUGGACUAUCAGCAUGUGGAUUUCUGUAGCCUUUAUUCUCGCUUUGGCUGUAAGUGGAGUCAACUCUAAUGAUUUUCGCCGUGGUAGAAGAUGUCCCCCUGGCUGGGAAAAGUUUGAGAUGCAGUGUUUUAAAUUUUUCAGUGACUUGAAACCAUGGGCUGAAGCAGAGAAAAAGUGUCUUGAGCUCGGUGGAAACCUUGCAUCAGUCCAUGAUCCACACACUAGCGGUUUCCUCAAGACCUUUCUGAGAAAAUGUGCUAGUGGCAUGCCCCGAACCUGGAUUGGUGCUCAUGAUGCAAUUAAGAAUAAUGUCUGGUUUUGGAGUGAUGGCUCAAAGUUUGACUACAGUGACUGGCUUACUGGUGAGCCAAAUGAGAAUGGAGGCAGCGAAAAUUGUGUGGAGCUGGCCUAUGGAGCUGAGCAACGCUGGAAUGAUCUGGACUGUGCCACUCCUCUCAAUUUCAUCGGUUUGAUUUCUCUUCCUGCUUGUUAAUCUUGUCUGUCCAUCACCCGAGAGGCUUUGGUUUUUGGAUUAAUGUUAGUCUCUGCAAAAAUAAAAGUGAAGUGGACUUUAAACCCCAAA